UCUCAACCGACCGUGCAAACCACCCAGCCAUACCGCCCUUGCCUUGCCACAACACGCACUCAGACACACCCACCCCCUCACUCAAACCCGCACCGUCAGCCCGUUCUCCGCCUCACGCACAAUGUCCGCCUCCUCAGUGGUGGUGAUGUCGCUGCUUUGCUGGUCGGCCGCCGAGGAACUCGGCUGCUGCUCGAGUGCAUGGGCAACGAAAGCAUAUGGGGGUGGGGGCGGGGGGUGUGGGGGAGGAGGGCAGUGCGGCAGGGCCAUCUCCAGCUGCUGGUGGUGGUGCUGCUGGUGGCUCGGAAUAUCGACUGGGGGGACGAUGGUCUUGUUGCCGUAGUCUGAUGGAUGGACACAUGGAUGGAUGGAUGUAUGGGGGCUGAACAGACAGACCGUGUGUGUGUGUGUGUGUGUGUGAGAAACAGUACCGUCGAUGGUGAUGAGAUGCUGGCACCCCAGGUCCCUGAUCUGGAAUCCAGCCGCCAACACAAAGUCCUCCUACAGAGACACAGAAAAGAAAGGAGCAAAAGAGGAAAGACAGCAGCUCCUCACAGUGAGUGAUCCGUGCUGCUUUGUACCCGCCAUUCGGGGAGGAACUCGGGGAUGUCCUUGCCCAGGCUGACCGGCACUGCAGGGCGAGAGAGAGACACAACAAGGAGACUUCUGAAUCUCGUAAGCAAGCGCUUCCCAAUGCCGUGGUGCUGCCUGACGUUUGAGAGCCUCUCUGAAUCGCUCGAGUGCUUUGUCUAGUCUGAUGCCUCGGUAGUAGUUGGGGACGGCCAGGCCGUUCAGCGGCUGCAGGAUGAAGUUCUCCUACAGUUGCAAUGGAAAGGCGCGCACACUUUACAAACAUGGAUGAACGCCCCUUUGUCUCCCUGACGCCCUCACGCACCGGGGUGUUGUCGAUGAUGAGUGUGCGGCUCAGCGAACGGCCCAGCCGACUCAGAUCCUGAUUGGCAGGCAGGCAUAUCGAGAUGAGUCAAAGAGGCCGACAGACAGGGAGAGGUCGAAGAUUCACCUUGAGGUGGAUGCCGCCCCAGGGGACUCCGUGGUGACGAUACAGACGCGUGCCAAUCUGCAAGCGAAGGGAGCCAGGGACACUCAUGUCAUGCUCGGAGGGGUGCAUUGAAUGCCUACACACCUUGCCGUCAGGGUCGAUCUUGUCGAACACGAGAUCAGCAUAGUCCUGACAGCAAGCAACACAUGGCCCGAUGUAUCGUUGCUCGUCUGCUCAAUGAAUGCAUUGAUUGACCGACCGGCGUGGCGGAAGUCCAGCCGACCAGCUCGUAGAGCUGCGACAUCUCCUCCAGGAAAUCCUUCAGACCGGGACGCUCAGCGAACGGCACACCCACAUCGUCAUCCGUCACCUCCUGACACACACACACACACACACGCAUAUCUUGCCGCAAGGAGGAAGCACGGGUCGCUUUGUGUCUCACGUCGAAGUAGCAGUGCCCGAGGCACUCGUCAAGGUCCAGCACCAUCGUGUACCGAUCCGCUGCAAAGCAAGGGACGGACGAAGCUGAUAGGUGCCUGCGGUGAAGUUUCUGGCUUACGGUUGGCGAGCGGUGGGAGGAGAGGCUCGUCAGUGAGGUCGCCAAAUGUGGGCGAGCCCGGCCAGAAAUACAGCAGCGGGCCUGACACACACACACACACACACACACAUGCCCACUGACAUGAAGAGGGCGGCCGCGUAUGCCAUGCUGCUCGUCCUCUGCCCCACCGCCUUUGGUGCCGAGAAGGCUGGCGCCGUAUCUGUGGAAAGGGUCCCUCCCGAUGGCCUUCCUCGCCCACCUGGGGUCAUCCGAGCUCCAACAGCGUUUGCUCCGCGCCUGCAGACAGACAAGACAUGCACCACACACACGAAUGACAUCAUGAUGCGAUGCUCUUUGGCAGAGCCCUGUCGCGUGUGUUGUGUGGUGUCUGACCGCUUCCUCCUCCGUGUGGACGAUGAUUGGCGUGAAGUUGAGCCAAGGCAUGAUCUCGCUGCGCAGGUGGGCGAUGGGCAAGUGGUAGAAGGCCUCGAGAGACUCCCAAUGCAGCAGAGGCUCUGCGAGACAGACAGACAGACCGACAGACAGACAGCACAGCGAUACGAGAUGAGACACGUGUGUGUGCAUCGAUGUGUGUGGAGUGGACCGACCGAUGGCGGUGAGUGUGUUUGGUUCGGCCGCUUCGGAGAGCGUCAGGAGCGGGCUGUACGCGUACACGUUGGGGCCGCAACCAUCCACAGGAGCCCGGUGGCUCGCCAGCAAUCUAACAGCGCACAGCAGCGCCAUGCCAAUAUUUCGGCUUUCUUUGUCUCCUACACAUAUAUACCUUGCGAGUGCUCUGAUCUCCUGGAACAUGGCGAAGACGUUGGCCUUGAGAUACGCCAAACGUGUCGCUGCAUCGUAGCGCCUGGACAACGAACGAAAAGACGGACACACCACCCCCUCGCCGCUUAGGCUUCCUGGGGUGUUACUUGAGUCUGUUGCUGCCUUCGAGGAUGCCCAGGUCCAACGCACCCACACCAGUGCCACCAGCCUGGAGAGAAUGGGAGAACGGAUGAAUGGCUGCAUACGGUGCUCCUGCGCCGCGUUACCACGUCCGUGGGCGGGUCAGGGAACACAAAAUUCGUCUUCAAGUGAGUCAGACCGCCAGCCUGAGAGACACAACAGAGCAUCUAUGUGCAUGUUUCCCCUCCCUCCCUCCCUCCCCUCCUCCCUGCCCUGACCACAUCGCAUCUGAGCACCUCCCGGUUCCACCGUCUGGCCUUGGGCGCCUCCCCCUCCAUCAGCCGGUGGCCCUCAAACAAGGGUGCAUCGACCUCCGUGCCGAUGCGUGCGAUGAAGUCCUGCUGCUGCUCGGGGUAGGGCUUGGUCUGGUACGUGUACAUGGCCGCUGCAAAGCGGUCCAGCAGCUGGGUGCGGGAGACACGUUCAUCGUUCUCCGACCACCAGAGGUCCACCAAAGCGUCCUGUGGGUCACACACACAGCGCAGCAGACACAGGGUGUCACAUUUUUGCCGCGUGUAGUAUAUAUACAUUGACAUGGGCACCAGUGUGAGGGUGAUGUUGUGGUGGCACUUGUGGUAGAGCAGCGAGAGGUAUUUGGCCAGUAUGGGGUACAGGGCGGCCGACAGAUGACCCGAGUAGAUGCCACACACGUGACUGCCCACGCCUGACACGCACACAGCGUGACAACAACACAUAGGUGCCUGCUCUGUCUGGGGGCCAGACAAACCACGCACCUAGAGUGAUGAGCUCCAUGACAAAUGCGAGAUGCAGUGUGUAGCGAAACUCACAGGGCAGAGACAGCGACUGAACACAAUACAACACACAAGGAAAGGGGCCCGUCCACCGUGUCCCAUGACGUGAGUGUCUUCAUUGCUCACUGACCAAGACUUUGUCAUGCAGCAGCCACGCGCCGCAUCCCCAGUACUCCCGGUUGUAGAAGGAGAUCUCAGCCGUGAGGGUCUGGUACUGCUGACCCGUACACAUCAUCAGCAAAUGAGACCACACCUGGCCAAACACACGGGAAUACACGCACAGACACGUAUCUGUACAGCUCAGCAACAGACAAUAUUCCUUGUCCCUUCUUACGUCGCUGAGCUUGUAGAGCACGGCUUCGCUCAGCCCAGCCCUCUGAAUCACUUUGAACAGCGUCUCCCCGCCCAGCCCGCCACCAGCCCGGCCCCUCCCCUCCCUCUCAGCACACACAGAGGAAGAGCUCUCCCCAAGAGGCGGCACGGGGGGUGCCGGACCAGCGAAAUACGACACAGCGGGAGCCGCCACUGUGACCCGCGUACCGUCUCUCUUCCUCUCCGUUGUCAGCCCCAGGCUCAGUGCGCUCUUGUGUCUCCUCUGAUCGUUGCCCACCACUAGGCUGGCCCCUGACCUCGCGGGAGGGCUGGGCAGGCGUGCCCGGGGGGGCGAGGGGCUCUUGGCUGCAGGAGGGUCAGAUCUGGCCGAUAGGGAGGUUCCGCGACGAGCGGGCGGCGAGGGAGUGAGACUGCGGCGGGGCUGGGCACCUGGCUCCUCCUGGACAGGAGCCUUCCUGCUGCUGCUGGUGGAGGGCGGCACUCGAGCCAACACAGACGACGACCUUCCACCCGACGUGUUGCCUUCGGGGCGGACAAAGCCUCUGCGCGGGACGGGGGAUCUCGGCCGUGCAUCCAUCUUGGGGGAGGCCUUCGCCGGGGAUGGUACCCUUCUGUCUUGCGCCGCCACAGGUCGAUAUGCCGUCAUGGGCGUCUGCAGCGCCAUCAGCUGCCUGAAUGGCGAAGAUGGUCGAGGGUCCUGCGCGGCCCGUGCUCCCCUCCCUGCCCCUCCCCCCGCCCUUCCAAUGGGUGGUGCCUUGUCACUCCCUGCAGCAUCUGGCCGACCAGGAAGCCGCAAUGACCCAGGCUUAGGCAGCACACUCUGCAGCAGCCGCGGGUCGGCUCCAGCACGGCUUUUCAACCGCCGGCCAGGGGACGUCUCACGCCGGUACUGGGUGGCAUUGUGAGGGGCGGCGAAUGGCCGCGUGGUCACCUCACGGAAGCGAUUGGACGAGGGGGAGUGGGGAGACGGGAAGCGAGCACCGCCGCGACGGACAGGGCUCUGCGGACAUGCCGGUGGGGCUGCGAUGUUCUUGGCAGCUGAGGCCGCUGCUGCUCGGGCCUUGGUGCUGCUUGAGUGGGCCUUGUUGUUGUUGGCAAAAGCCUCCAGCGAUAGGUUGGGCCGAUUGCGGCUGCCCGGCUGAACCUCCCUCUGCCUCGCCGGAGGGCUCAGAGGACGACCAGGGCCUGGGGCCUUGGCAUUUGGGCCUCUUCUGGUGUUGUUGAAGGGGCUGAGAGGGCGGCGGUGCGAUUGAGGGGACACGGGGCGGCGGUGCAUGACGGGAGAGGAUGCCCUUGGUGCAGCUGUGACGGCU